UUAAACGAGUCCCUCGGAAGGUUGAGGCAGAAGUGUUUGUUGUUCAGUGUUUAAGGAUAUGCCAGUGUCAGCGCUUACCAUUUCUGUAACGGUUGUAAUCUGUGAGUCACAUUUCUUAGCUAGCUGAUUUCUAAGUCAUUUGUAUCUAUUUUGAGUGUUCGAAUCCAGCGCCUGUCUUUGUAACCACCAUGACUUCUGGUAUCUGCAAAUCAGCUGCCCUGGCCGUCUCGACACCCGAGCAUCUGCUAAGCAAAGUACCAACGCAGGCUGGAUUGUUAUUCAAAAAACAGGCGGUGAAGAGACACCACCACAAGCACAACCUCAAGCACCGCUAUGAGUUCUUGCAGACUUUGGGCAAAGGCACCUACGGCAAGGUGAAGAAGGCAAUCGACCGCUCGGGCCGUGCGGUGGCUAUCAAAUCUAUUCGGAAGGAUAAAAUUAAGGAUGAACUGGAUCUCAUUCAUAUUCGAAGAGAAAUUGAAAUUAUGUCUUCCCUUAACCAUCCAAAUAUUAUUAGUAUUUAUGAAGUGUUUGAAAAUAAAGACAAAAUUGUGAUUGUUAUGGAGUAUGCCAGCAAAGGAGACUUGUAUGACUACAUCAGUGAGAGACAAAGGCUGACGGAGCAAGAGGCUCGACAUUUCUUUCGACAGAUUGUGUCUGCAGUGUAUUAUUGUCAUAAGAACGGAAUUGUUCAUAGAGACCUGAAACUAGAAAACAUUCUUCUUGAUGCUAAUGGCAACAUUAAGAUUGCUGAUUUUGGCUUGUCUAAUCUCUUUCAACAUGACAAGUAUCUGCAGACAUUUUGUGGGAGCCCUCUUUACGCUUCUCCAGAAAUUGUGAAUGGUCGCCCUUAUAAAGGACCAGAGGUUGACAGCUGGUCUUUGGGUGUGCUGUUAUAUACAUUGGUUCAUGGUGCUAUGCCCUUUAAUGGACAGGACUACAAGGUUUUGGUGAACCAGAUUAGCAGUGGAGAAUACAAAGAGCCAACUAGCUCCUCUGAUGCAAGUGGUUUGAUACGAUGGAUGUUGAUGGUAAACCCAGAACGCAGAGCAACUAUUGAUGACAUUGCUAACCACUGGUGGGUGAACUGGGGCUACAAAACAUCCAUCUGUGAAACAGAGUCACAUUUGGCAGGGGAUUCUCCACUAGCAACUAUUGCAGAGUGGCUAAGGCGCUCCUCUCGUCCCCUUUUUGAAAACGGUUCAAAGGUCCGUUGUUUCUUCAAGCAGCAUACAUCUGGAUCAACUUUGGAGAGGCAGAGAUCACUGAAGAAGUCAAAGAAGGAGAAUGAUGUUUCCCAUACCCUGCAGGACACUACAGACCCAAAGUCUGCCUUAAAGCGGCCAAAGGGGAUUCUGAAGAAGAAAAGCAACUAUGAACCCAAACCUCAGAGUGGAAAUAUUCCCCUUGUAGUGGAACCUAAAAAGGAUAAUACUGUCCUGCCACCUACCAGUUCAGCUGUUUCACAAACUGUUUACCCCCCUGAAGGACGGAAUAAAAUGACUGAUGCAAAAACUCCAUCUGCACCCAAAAAAGGCAUUCUGAAGAAACCACAACUGAGAGAAUCUGGCUAUUACUCUUCCCUCGAACGUAGUGAAUCACAGGAAAUGCUGGACUAUGAUAAAGAUGAAGUCACAGACUCCAUUUUUGAGAAUGAGGAUGGCCCAGUUACAGAGACUUCCCAGCGAAAAGGCAUUUUAAAGCGAAAUGGAAAGUUUUCAUCAAGCUAUAAGGAUGCAAUAGAUGAUGCUGUGGGUAUGACCUUUGGACCUCUAGAUGAAUUUACCUUCAACAAAAGUGACCUGGCUCCACGCCGCACACACCCUUCCAGUGCCAUCAGUGAUGACAGCAUCUUAUCCACAGAGUCCUUUGACCAGCUAGACCUACCAAAACAGGUGCCCUGCCGCAGAAACAUGCGUGGCUGCAUAUCUGCAGAAAACUUGCUCCAAUUUGAUGAAAAUGAAAUGGACUAUAGGCCACGUCUCUGGAGCAUGCAAUGCUACCAGAGCCGUAUUGGGGAUAGUACCUUCUCCCUAACAGACUUUGACAAUGUAACCGAGGUCUACAAGAAGGCCAUGCAGAUCAAUGUAAAACUUGGCUGUGGAUUAGCAAGGUAAUAAAUUUGACUUUUGCAGGCAUGGCAUUACAAGCUCAGAUACCAUGUAUGUGAGUUGGUAUACUGUCAAUCACAUUUAUGUGGCAUGGCCUCCAAGCUGGACAUUUUGUAUUCCAUUUCCUUUUGGAGGAAAGCAUUUGUACAGCAGAGGCCCAUCUGUUGGCUCACCGUGCAGUUUGAGAGCAAACUGGGAAGCAUGAACGCCAAAGAUGUAUCGUGAGGAGGUAAAUGAGAGAAAGACAGCUCUCAUGAAAAGAAAUAAAGAAAUAAAGGCAUCGUGCAAUAAGGAACUAAUGUAUUGCUCCUGUAUUUACAGAUGCAUGAUUAAGACUGGAAACAUUUAUGCAAGAGUCUUGUCAAGAAGAAGCAGUACUGGUGGACCUUUAGUGUUUUAAUUGUAAAAACAGAAAUGUACUCCCUGUUUUAAUUGGGAAUUUAUAGUUUACAGUUGAAAUCUAAAUGGCUGGGAGGUGGGAACUGUGAUAUUUAUAGCUGGAAUUUUUGUACUGUCACUAUCAAAAUUUAUUUAAAGUGUGUGUUUUUGUCUGAGUAUCCAUGAUAUUCUUUCUUUUGCACUAUUCACCAUGAGUAAAGGCUGCUGUACUAAGCAAGUGAUGCAGAGAAAGAAACAGGAAGUGUGAUGGAAAGAGGAAGUAGAGUUGAGGGUCAGAGGCAAGUUGACGACUAAGUCGGAGAGAGGCAUGAACUCUUGGAAUUUUCCAAGAUGGAUAAAGAGGUGGUUACCAGUGGAAGAAAGGAACAAGAAAGUGUUAAAAAAAAAAAAUAAAUGCAGAAAGUAAAGAGGACUGAGAGGAGUGGUUCUAGAAUGUAAUGCUUUUAGAUGGUUUAACAGUCUACAGUACAGCAGCUAACAAUGGCUGUAACUAGGGAAUGCCUUCACUGCUGGGGCAGACUUUUAAAGAUGUUGGCCUUGGAUUUAAUUUACUAAAUAACAGACUUAUUGGCUUUGGAUCAUUGAACCGUAGUGUUAGACCUUCAGCUAGGCUGUUACUUUUGGAAAAUGUCUAUUUUUAAUUGUGAAUAAGAAAUGCAUUGCUGCUAGAUUAUAAUUCACUGAAGUCUGAACAUCUUAGCAUUUUAAACAAAGUUUUCUUAAACUUUCUGAAUUUGAGAUUGGCUUCAAAUUUAUUUUUAAAAAAGUAAAUCCAUUGGCAACAUCUUUUCUGUAGCCAUAUCUGUACUAAUGCUUGAACCAGCAGCACUUGAAAGAAGAAAAGAGAAUGAUACGAAAAUAAUCCACAUUUUUCACCUAAUCAUUAUGUGUCAAAUCAGGUUUCCGUAAUAUUAUGAUGAGAUAGAAGAAUGGCUGCUGUUCAGAAGGAAAGUCUUCUGCAGUAUUGUUAUGUCCUGACGAAGUACGACACUACAUUCACAUGACUGGAAUUCACCGAUCUUAUUUAAUGAUUUAAAAAAGUAACAUUUUUGUAUAUAUUGAGCUCUAAACAUGGGCAGUUUAUUUAUUAUUUUCUUUUCAGAAAUAUUUCUGAUUUAUUUAAUUUAAGUUGGAAGUACUGAGGAAUUGUUUUGUAUUCGAUCCUUUUAAUUUCCAAGACUGCUGAUAAAGUUGAAGUUGUGGAAAAAUUGGAUCGCUUGAAAUGAUUUAGGACUGUAAGGGGUAUCAGCUGCACUAUGUGCAGGAUGGGGUUGUUCAGGGUAACAAAAGUUUAAUGUUUUCUAAAUUUUUGUAUUCUUUUUUUACGGAUGUGGUCCACAUAGGUUCACAAAAUAAAAUAAAAUUUAAAAAUAA